AUGGUUGAACCUGCCGAGGCGAAGUGGGAUAGCAGGUUUGCUCCUUUAUGCAUGCUAGUAAAAGAUUGGGCAGGUCGUAAUGAGGUGAAGAGCCCGAAGCUUGGUGGAUUUAACAGUUACGCAAUUGUUUUACUAGUUGUCCAUUUUUUGCAAUGCGGAGUCCGUCCACCUAUCCUGCCAAACUUGCAGAAGUUGUUUCCGGAGAGGUAUGCGCGUAAUAUUAACGGUACGGUUCGUUUCCCUCUUUCACUGGAUUUCGAUGACGAUAUGUUCUAUCGUGAACAUAAAGAAAUAGAAAAGAAUUCGCUGAACGUAGCGCAGCUCUUCAUGCUUUUUCUCGACUACUAUAGCAGAUUUGAUUUCAAGUCUCGUUAUAUUUGCCUUCGUGACGCAGCAAUAAAGUGGAGGGAUGGACGUGGUGGAUCAGGAUCAAUCAGCGAUCUUUUCACCGUUUUUAUCAGAGAUCCUAUGGACGAUCAUAAUCCAGGAAGAACAGUGAGAGAUGUGGCCUAUUUGCAGAAGAAAAUGAGGGCUGCUUUGGAUCUUUUCACGGUUUCUCAAAGGUUUCCAAAGCUUUCCGAUAUACUCACUGCUGUAUAA